UACCCGACACCCAAACCCAAAGCCCAAGCAAAAUAAAAAAAAACAUAGAGAAAGAAAAGAAGGUUGAGAAUUGAGAGGUUGAGAGGCAAGUGAAGCCGUAACAUCAGCCUUUGGCAGACACCCAACCCCUGUGCGUCUGCGUCUGCGUCUGCGUCCCUGUCCUCUCUCUCUCUCUAGCCCACGGAUAAUAUUGCCCGCCGACGAGCGCUCCUAGCCUUCCCUCCCCCUUUAUUUAUUUACCAAAUCACACACUCUCGUCAUCUGGUAUUCUUUUUCCCCCUCUCUUCCUCCCUAAUAUCGAAUAGGGAGACUUCCCUCUGUCUCAUUCUCUCUCUCUCUCUUUCUAUGUAUAUAUAUAUAUAUAUAUAUCUCUAGCUAAUUCAGAACCCACUUCUCCUCUCAGUUCUACCUAACAUCUCUAUUUCAUCCACCAUUUUUUUUAAACAGACCCAACAAAACAAAAUACAGAAUUUUUUUGAUCUUUAGAGUUGAGUUGAGAUCAUAUAAUUAAACUUAUAAAUUAUAUGUAUGUAUAAAAAGUGCUGUUUUUUAUCGUAGAGAGAGAAGAGAUCAUGGGGUUACAGAACCAGCUGAACGACGUGUCGUCGGACUCCAUCCCACUCUUACUCAUCGCACUCAUCGCGAGCUUCAUCAACCACCUGCGCUCCUCCCUCUUCCAUCUCCUCCAUUUCCUGGGCCUCAGCAACCCAGGGCCAGGGCCAGACUACGACGAUGGCCUUCUCGCGGGCUCCUCCGUGGGCUCGGGCCUCGCGGGCCUCGCCGUCCUUGCCGACCAGCUCGCCCUCAACCGCCACUUGUCCUACCGAUACGACCGCAACCGCCAUGACCAACAGAACAACGCCGUCGCGAGGUCACGGGAUUGCGAUUGCGUGGUGUGCUUGUCCACCUUAAGGGAUGGGGACCAGGUCCGUAUGCUCAACUGCCGCCACGUGUUCCACAAGAGCUGCUUCGACGGAUGGCUCGACCACCUCAACUUCAAUUGCCCUAUUUGCCGCUCUCCCCUCGUCCACCGUGACCUCGUCGCCCACACGCGCCGCCGCCUCGCCGCCGACCUCCUCCACUGGUUUUCUCUCCGCUGAAUCGAUUGGACGAAGACGAUGAUGCAUGUUACAAUAUGAUCAAAUGGGUCCCAUCCGCAAUCUGCUAUAUCCACCCACCCAUGAUGAUGAUGAUGAUAACGGCGAAUCCAUCGAUUGCUGGUGGUUCCUUUCUCGUUCUUCUUCGCCUUUUCAUUUUUGAUAUUCUAGAGAGUUGUUGGCAGUUUUUGACCGUAGACUUUCUUUUUUCUUGUUUGGUCCUUCAAAUUUCUCCUCUCUUUUUUAUUUUCCUUCCAUAACUAUCUUCCUCUUCUUCUUCUUCUUUUUUCUUUUUUUGAAAAAAACUCUCGGGGUUUUUUUUUAUUUACCGCUGUAAAUUCUUGGUGUUUCUAAUCUUAAAUAAGGAAAGAGGGAUCUCCAAUUUUUAGUUGUGUACCAGAUUAUUUCGAGUAUUUAUGUUAUGGAACCAAAUGUGUGUUUAAAAGGAUUUAAUUACUUUCUCAUGUUUAAUCUAUAUAAAAUGAAAUAUACUUCCUUUUCUGUUGGUCUCAUACAGUAAAAAGAACUAAGCGGAGCAGGGGGAAGACGAAGGAAAGGGUUUAAAAAGAAAAAAAAAAAACAAGCAUUAACAAAGAACAUUAGUGAAAACGGGAGAUCCUGGGUUCGAUUCCUGCCGUUGGUGAAUCAAGCGAUGAGGGCCAGGGACGGGGUGAAAUUCCCUAUAGCCUCUCCGGGUCCCGGAAGGGGUGGAUGGCCGUGGCUUGCCACCAGUUGUCCCCCUUUAAAAAAAAAAAAAAAAAAAAAAAAAAAAAAAAAAAAAAA